AUGCUGCCGCUCGUGCUUGGAGUUCUGGGAGUCCCUUCUACCCAGGAGGAGCCCGUUCAUGAGAUGGUCAGGCAAGGGGGCAAUCCCCACUGGUACAAGUACUGGGCUAACGACAAGGCCGUGGUCGAAGCCGAGAACCUCAGCGGAGGAGAGCUCACCGUCAACUGGGACGAGCCCAAUGGGGGGAAUAUGCCAUUGGCAAAGGAUAUCGGACUGGCUUCGACAUGUAAAUUCAAUUGUUCCGGAACCUUCACGCCCGGAAAUCACUCGAACACGUACCUUGCACUGUACGGCUGGACCUACGGUCCGACGAGCGAGUACUACGUGUUGGAAUCAUUUGGCGUCCACCUUCCUGCCGACAACGCCGACAGUGUCUGA